UGUAAAGCGCACAUGCGCAGUGUGUGCCGAGAGGUACGGGAACGCGCACGCAGAAAGGGGGUCUUCCCUUGUACACAAGAUUAGAACCAGCAGGAGGAAGUUGGACGGUUUAUGUUGCUUUCGGUGUGACACAGUGUGGGUUGUAUAGCACGUUCAGCCAUAUAAAAUGAUCAUGCACUUUUCUACAAUGGCCACAUAAUAGAAGAAGCUUCUAGGAAGGAUCAGCUGGCUACCAAGUUGACCAUUUUGCAUUGAAUUUGGAAGCUGAUUGCUGAGGCCUAUGGCUUAAAGGGCUAUCCAUCAUCAGGCCUCGGUGGAACAGUUUCCAAAGAUGGGUGAAAACACCAGCCCUAUAAGUGUUAUUCUGGUUAGUUCGGGAAGUAGAGGGAAUAAAUUGCUAUUUCGAUAUCCUUUCCAAAGAAGUACAGAAGGUCAGUCCUCGCAGACAAGUGUUCCAAGAAGCAGUUAUGCUUUAAAUAACUCUGGAGCAAAUACAGAAGACCCAGAUGGGGAUUCAAAAGAGCCAUGUCCUCUAACAGAUGAGCAAAUGGUUGCAGGAUUUUCAGACGUUAUACUCGCAACAAUUUUGGCUACGAAGUCAGAUAUGUGUGGUAAAAAGUUUGAAUUGAAGAUAGACAAUGUGCGUUUUGUGGGUCAUCCAACUUUGCUUCAGCAUGCACUGUGCCAGGUGUCAAAAACUGAUCCUUCACCGAAGAGGGAAAUGCCCACAAUGAUCCUCUUCAAUGUGGUCUUUGCUUUAAGGGCAAAUGCAGAUCCUUCUGUGAUAAAUUGCUUACACAACCUGUCUAGAAGAAUUGCCAUCAUUUUGCAACAUGAGGAGCGGAGAUGCCAGUACUUGACCAGGGAGGCCAAAUUAAUCUUGGCGAUACAGGAUGAAGUGUCGGCUGUGUCAGAAAAUGGGGGACCACAGUCACCAUUUCACCAUAUUUUACCAAAAAGCAAGCUGGCGAGAGACCUAAAGGAAGCAUAUGACAGCCUUUGUACAACUGGUGUGGUACGACUUCAUAUUAAUAACUGGCUGGAAGUAAGCUUUUGUUUGCCACAUAAAAUUCACUGCGUUGGAGCAAAUUUUAUUCCCCCAGAAGCAAUAGAGAAAAGUUUAAAAUCUAUAAGGCCAUAUCACGCUCUACUGCUACUUAAGGAUGAAAAAGGUUUACUGAAUGACCUUCCACUUGAUUGCUCUCCAGCUUUAGUGAGAAUUAUUAAGUCUGCAACUGCUGUAAAGAAUCUCCAGCAGCUGGCUCAAGAUGCUGACCUCGCCCUACUACAGGUAUUCCAGCUUGCUGCACACUUGGUAUACUGGGGAAAAGCAAUCAUCAUUUAUCCACUUUGUGAGAAUAACGUCUAUAUGUUGUCACCAAAUGCGAAUGUCGGUCUUUAUUCACCCUUGGCUGAUCGGUUUUCACGUCAGUUUCCAGGACAUGAUCUCCCUUCGAUCCUUGCUAAGUUUUCGUUGCCCGUUUCCUUAGCGGAGUUUAAAAAUCCCUUAUCACCACCUGGACAGGAGCCACAUCUGAUACAAAUGGUUAUUUGGAUGCUGCAGCACCGGCUUCUAAUUCAGAUACACACGUAUGUGUGUCUACUUGCUCCUCCCAAAGAAGAUGCAAACUCGAAAGAUGAAGACGCAUCAUUUGCAGCCAGAGUGGGUGGGCGAAGCCUAAGCACACCCAAUGCACUUAGCAUCGGCUCACCAACCAGUAGUGAUGACAUGACUCUGACAAGUCCAAGCAUGGACAACUCCAGUGCUGAGUUGCUACCAGGAGGAGACUCUCCAAUCAACAAGAGAGCCACAGAGAAUCUGCUUGCAAGUUUAUCUCAGAAUGAAAGAGAAGCUAUUCUCAGUGUCCCUGCUGCUCAAAAUCCAGAGGACCUUAAAAUGUUUGCAAGGUUACUACACUAUUUUCGAGGCCGGCAUCAUCUUGAAGAGAUCAUGUACAAUGAGAACAUGCGACGCUCACAACUCUUGAUGCUGUUUGAUAAAUUCCACAGUGUGUUAGUUGUGACAAACCAUGAAGACCCUGUUAUAUCUGUUUUUCAGUCUGUCUUUCCUUAAUCAGUGUGUUGAAAACCAAACAUAUUGUUUUUGUUUACUUUUUUUACAUAUUUUAAUCAUUGGAAAAAACCUCUAGCGUUACAUGUUAAUUAUAUGCCUAAUGGACCUCAGGUAAUUUCCUUUUAUUAUCGAAAGGAAAGCAUGAAGGCCACAAUUUGUCAUCUCCAUUUGAAAAAGCUAGUUAUUAACUUUUCUUUUACAUUCCUGAUCUGCAUGCUUGUUACUGGUCAGCUGCUCAAAGUAUUGAAGUCUACAGGACAACAAAGCAUUUAGGCAACUAGCAUUUUCAAAAAGAAAUACAAUCUCAAAACACUACUUGCAGUCUUGUUUUCAUGGUCCUAAAGGUACCCCUCAGGUUCACUGUUCUAUAGUGACUUGUAACUCAUGUGUUCACUGUAAAGAAAAAGGAGACUCCUGCACUUUUUUGAUCUGAUUUGCCACAAUUUUAUUUAACAGAAAUGCACAGAUAAAAUUGUCGAUAGCAUUUAUCCUUUUCCAUGUGUAAAUGCACUUUGAGAAAACAUGUUUAAACACAAGAAACAAUCUUGGUAUUGGGAAUCUUUAAUUCGCUUUUUUGUAUGUAAAGUAUGAAAUAAAACUGUGACAAACCAGGUGGCAGAGUGCAGGGAUCACCCUUUUCUUCAUAUUGUAUGCAGGAUUUUCAGAAGAUGGUUGGCAAUGACAGCACUUGUAUUUUUCACAUAACAGGUUUACGCUAAAUAGAUUUUUUUUUUGUCAAAGAUUGCUAGCUAUGAGAGUUAGUUCUACAACAUUGAUGCAAUUGGUUGUCCAACAUAUAAUUACGAUACAUCAUGUUUUUAAAGCAACUUUUCUUUAUUUUUAAAGUGUGCAAGCAGGAUUAAUAGUUACUGGACAUUUGGGGUACAAUAAGAAUUUCAAACCCUGGUGUUGAAAGCUGGAAGAGUAUGUAUAUUGAGGGGGGGAGGGGUUUAGAUUCCCUGUCAGGUUUGUUCUCCUAUAAUACCUCACUGAGAUACUCAUGGUAACAUUUGUCAUGUGAAGUCUAAACUUUUUUACCGUUGUCACUUUAAAGGGGAUGUAAAGCUUUUUUAUUAUUAUUAAAAUAAUAGGCAUGUUAUACUUGGAUCACUAACAAAGAGAACAGGUUGGGACUUUAACGGUACCAAAAAAAAGUUUCAAAAAAUGUAUGCUGUCUUUGCUGUGGGUUUGUUUGGUACCAUCAAGGCGAUCCCAUGAGUCCUGGGUUCUGUGUUUUACUCAUAUCGGGUUACCUCCUCUUCCCUCAAUUUGGUGGUUGGGACAUUCUCCCUUGCAUCCAUCGUUUUCUACUUCUGGGGCCUCUUUUGGACAUGCAUCCAUCUGUUUUUAUUAAUGCAUCUUUGGGUAUAUAAUAUACUGAUUUCCUCCUGAUGAAGAUUUAUUAUGAGUUAAAACGUGUUGAGGUUUUCAAGUUGCCGUCUGAAAGACAUUUUGAUGAAUGGAACAUAUAUAUGAUGAAGAUAACCAUUGAUGUAUUUGGUGGUUGUUCACUUAUUUAUGUAUGGUAACCUGUCAAUACAUUUUUUUAUAACCUUU